GGAGGGUUCUCACCAGACGCGCUGCCAGGGAGCAGCAGAGCGCGCGCACAGGGCGCAGAAGCACGCAGCGUGGAGUGAUGGAAACACUGAAGUUCUGCCUUUGAUACUUCUUUGGGUGCUCAGUGUCUGGACACGAAAGCAGCGCGUUUGGGGCCGUUUUACGCACCGAGUUUUACGCCCCUUUUUUGGCACAAACCGAGCGCAGCGGGUCACUUUUCUGGAAGCUGCUGUAAACUGUAUGAUGAGGUCACCUGCUGGGCAGUGUUCUCGCGUGUGGUGUCCUCGUAGUCACGAUUGUGACCCAUGGGAUGUAGUAAAUGGAGAGCUGCGCUCAACUUUGGACUCCUCAAGGUGCAGUCCAGGCUGUCCUUUUUCCUUACCAUGAUCCUCGUCUUCACUUACCUCUUCUACAGCCUGAACGGAUACAGUGAUUCACUACCCAGACCCGUGUUUGACCACCGGAGUCAGAACGGACUUGUGCUGCAGGAUGCGCACAGCGUGGAGCUGUUCGGUGCGUACAGCGCCUCCCCGGUGCGGGAGCAGUUGCCGAAAAGCGCGUCGCCAUCCAGCAACAUUUCUAUAGCUAACAGUUUCGGCAGCAAAAAGUUCCCUCAGGCCAUCAUCAUCGGGGUGAAGAAAGGCGGAACGCGCGCUCUGCUGGAGUUCCUGCGCAUCCAUCCAGACGUUAGAGCCGUGGGCGCAGAGCCGCACUUCUUCGACCGCUUCUACGACAAGGGGCUGGAAUGGUACAGGAACUUGAUGCCUCGUACUCUGGAAGGACAAAUCACCAUGGAGAAAACCCCAAGUUACUUCAUCACCAAAGAAGCCCCUCGCCGUGUCCUCUCCAUGAGUCGCCACACCAAACUCAUCGUGGUCGUGAGAGACCCAGUCACCCGGGCUGUUUCCGAUUACACCCAGACUCUGUCCAAGUCCCCCGGACUCCCGUCUUUCCAGAACUUGGCCUUUCGCAACGUCAGCACGGGCCUCAUCGACACGUCUUGGAGCGCCGUGCGCAUUGGACUGUACGCCAAGCACCUAGAAAACUGGUUACGCUACUUCCCGCUCUCACAUUUCCUCUUUGUCAGCGGGGAACGCCUGGUGACAGACCCAGCAGGGGAGAUGGGGCGAGUUCAAGACUUUCUAGGGCUGAAACGGGUGGUUUCAGAUAAGCACUUCUACUUUAACCAGACCAAAGGUUUCCCCUGCCUGAAAAAACCUGAGGGGAGCAGCAGACCCCGCUGCCUGGGGAAGUCAAAGGGCAGACCCCAUCCUCAGAUACCAUCUGAGGUCCUUCUCAGGCUCAGAGACUUCUACAGACCCUUCAACCUCAAGUUUUACCAAAUGACUGGCCACAAUUUUGGCUGGAAUUGAACAGCUACCUACCAAAGCGAAAUACUUAACUCCUUAAGUGAACGAUUGCACCGUUUUACAAAAAGCCUUUCUAACAAACUUGCCACAGCUCUAACUUUCAGAGCCAAAAGUGAUUCCUACACCAGAAUGUCACCAAUCUGCAAGAGUUAUGAAUCGAUUUCCAAGGGUUUUAAUGUCUUGGAGUAGCAGCGCAUCACAAUGGUUUACCUGAAAUAAGAAAAAAUCCAAACUAGUCUCACAAAGAGUUCACACAUGUGUCUCAAACAGGUCUUCCUUUAGUGUCUGUGAGGUGGAAGAUGACAAAGAUGAAGACGGUAACACAACGAGCAAGUGAACACCGGCGUCCUCAGAAAAAGCGCUGACGAAGCUGUGGUCUGUGGAGCAGCUGGGCUCAUGAGCCUUGCUCAAGGGCACCAUAGGGCACCAAAAAGAUCACAGUUCAAAUUGAAUCCAUUCAAACACAUUAAGAUCAAAAAUCAAAUCAUGUCCGCCCUAGAAAUAGUUUUAUUGGGUUACGAAACUUAAAAUGAAUAAACCUUUUAGUAUUGUAAAUAAAUUAUGAACACUAGCCUAAAAUGAAAAAGAAAAAAAAACACGUUUGCCCCAAAAAAAUGGAAAUGAGGAUUUAAUUAUGUGUUUGAAGAUCUACUAAACCCUUCAACCAUUUGCGCAAUUAACGUAAUUCCAGCAGAUUUUGAAGCUUUGCGUCGUCAUGAAGCACUUUACGUUAGUAAUAUAUCAUCAAUAUUAAAACAAAAACACUUUUCUCUGCGCCAGACUUAGCUGAUUUACGUCGAUCGUUAGGUGAAAGAACGUUUGUUAUUUAGGCGUCUCCGGCGACAUUUACAGUGUUAAAGGGUUCAAUUAUAAACUCUCACCUUCAAAGAAACUCUUGUUUUUCUUUAAAAACCUGGAAAUACUUUUUAAAAAUGAUGUAAAGAUCAGCUCAAUUUGGUCAAUAAAUCAUUUAACCCCAGCUCUAAUAAUAAAGUGAAAAAUUACCAAGUCACUACCAGACUGUCAGAACUGAUUAGCAGGUACGGACUACUGUAACCCUUGUUCUAUCCUAGGCACUUUAACAUUGGGAGUGGGGUCAUCUAGACCCACUAGACAGUGCUCUGAACCUUUUUUCUUCAAUGAUUUGUG